AUGCAAGGGUUUGUCCAAGAUGGGCCAUCUUACUUUGACUACACCCCUCGAAGACAUGCAUCUUCUGAGGCUGAGACGCCCCCGUCAGAUCAUAUUAGUCCGGGAAGUCCUCGCAGAGCAUCACCGGGGCCCAGGCCUCGACGUGGAUUUGUACGGUCUCAUUCGGAUUAUGAGGCAAUGCAUAGAAGAAUCCAGGUUCAGGCUGUCCUGGAGGUCCAAGUCAGCCACUCGAUGACUGCCCAAGGCCUGGGUUUGCUCCCGGAGAGCGAGCUUGGCCCACAUGUGGCCAUAGGCAGAUAUCGAACUCAGCAGUCUCCUCGGGUUGCCGAGGCCUCACUUGCCGAAUCUGCUGCGAGUGCCCCUAUCAGUCCUGGCAAGGUUGUUCCAACCAGCGGCUCAAAUACCAAAGGGGAGAACCCUUCCCGCACCCCGAGUCGUCCAACUAUGGGCCAUGGAUGGGCAAGGUCGACUUCAGGAAGUGUCUGGUUCCAAAUGAAAAAGUCAUCUAGCGACGUUGGGGGUGUGCCAUCGAUUAGUCGAUCAGUGCUGAGUCAACGCGACUCGGAAAUUCUUGUCAUCCGUACAGAUCAGACGCCACUCAGCCCACCGCCCGCGUUGAAGAGCGACGCGGAUAUUGGUCCUUCCACGGCAAGUUCUAUCAAGGUUGAGACGGACUUCGCGGCUACCAAUGCAAAGCAGCACACGCCAAAGGGUCGGAAGAACUCUUUUAACCCUCUACAUCUCUUUUCAGCUCCUCUCCUACUGAUGCAGCGAGCAAGUGCUUCGAGGAAGCAGAGCAAAACAAGAACCGAGGAAGCAAAGGAUAUUCUUCCGGGACUCAAAGAUCAGCUUCUCGAGGACCAUCGUACAUUACUCAAGAGGAACCACACCGCUGAAGCCCUUAGUCGCGUCAGCGCGAUACUGCAAGAGAUGAAGCAGUCACCGCAGAGCUCCUUGCGGACGACGACGGGAGUCAUACAGUCACUGAAGUGGAGGACCUUUUCCGACAAGUGGGGUGCGAAGCGAGCGGACAAGGACCAUCUUGUCGUGCCAGGGGGCAAUGAUCUGUUCAUGCCACCGCCGAAAAAGAGCCUUGAUCAACUCUCCGGCGCCCGAUCGUACACGUCGAGUGUAAGGAAUCUGUUGAUGGGGCAGCAGCCGAGCAAUAGCCCUGCUGAACAAGCAACAUACAAGGUAAAGAGAAGUGCCAGUGCCGAGACCGAGGAGUUCCUCAAGGUAGACAUCAGUAUACGAGGAGGGACCAGCUAUCUGCCGAGCGAGGCACGUCGAAUUCACACUCCACCACUGCCUGAAGAAGGUGCAGAUGGAAAGUGGCGAGGAUUCUUCUUCGACUACAACGCCCCCAAACGGCUCAGCAACAUAGCUCUAGCAAGCGGCAGUACGAGCCCUGAGAGUGUCGUCAGUGAAUCACAGAGCACUUCGACUCCUCUGGCCAAGGUCAAGAGUGGAGGAUACUGCAAGAGCAAAAAGACCAGAAGGAUUGGGGGAGGCGACUGGUACGAUGUCAAACUGGCCGAACUGGGCCUGGGAAGUGCCUCGGAUUGGAGUCAGACUGUCUGUGCCAAAGAAGGUGAGAAACGAGUCAACAUGGACACGUUGGAAGUUUUGUCCAAAGGCGGAUGGAGAAGGCAAGAGGACCACUUUGAUCUGACCAUACCGGAGCAUCUGCCGAGCAGUCCAUUGUGUCCCAGAAAUCCUAGAUAUUGGCGAGUGGUCAAGGGAAGGGGUAGUCAAUUCAGGGGCUGUUGGAUGCAUGGAGUCGGCGUGCAUAAUGAGCAUGGUAAUGAUAAGGCUAAGGGCAAGAAGGAGGAGGACGAAGAGAAGAGGGAGGUGGAGCAGAAAGACGACGAAGACAAAGAAGAGGGCUCUUGA